AAUAGUAGUGAUCCUGAUUUAAGAUACAAAAAGCUGCUGAUCUCGUCGCGAAUCUUGAGCCUCAUCACACACCGCUCUUUCCGCUGAUCGUGAAGAUCGCCGUAGUGAACUGUGUACUUGACCUUCCAAUCUCUGUGUGUGCGAAAGGAAGAGAAGACGAACUGAGUACGCCGUCGCUGCCGCAUUAAACUACUAAUAAUUCCCCAGAGCACUAUUCUGGUAGCAGACCAAGAUGGACGUACAAACGGAACCGGAAGUACCUCCGGCACCGGUCAGUGAGGAACCAUUCCUGGGCCCACUCGACAUCAUCCUACUGACAGUGCUGAUCGGCGGUGCCGCCUGGUAUUUUCUGAAAAACAAAAAGAAGGACACACAGACUAGUCAGUUCAAAUCGUACUCGAUACAACCAACUACCGUCAACACGAUGACCAUGGCGGAAAAUUCAUUCAUCAAAAAGCUGAAAUCGUCCGGGCGUCGGUUAGUGGUAUUCUACGGUUCGCAGACCGGAACGGCGGAAGAAUUCGCCGGCCGUUUGGCCAAGGAAGGUCUCCGCUACCAGAUGAAGGGUAUGGUGGCCGAUCCGGAGGAAUGUGAUAUGGAGGAGCUACUUUCACUGAAGGACAUCGACAAGUCGUUGGCUGUGUUCUGUUUAGCUACGUACGGUGAGGGUGAUCCCACCGAUAACUGCAUGGAACUUUACGAUUGGAUUCAGAACAACGAUGUCGACUUCUCGGGGCUGAAUUAUGCGGUGUUUGGGCUUGGUAACAAAACGUAUGAACACUACAAUAAGGUUGGUAUUUAUGUCGAUAAGCGGCUGGAGGAACUGGGAGCUAACAGAGUGUUUGAACUGGGUCUAGGAGAUGAUGAUGCCAAUAUUGAAGAUGACUUCAUUACCUGGAAGGACAAGUUCUGGCCAGCGGUUUGCGAUCACUUUGGCAUUGAAAGCUCCGGUGAGGAAGUCUUGAUGCGUCAGUAUCGUUUGCUAGAGCAACCGGAAACUGCAUCGGAGCGUUUGUACACGGGCGAAGUGGCCCGUCUGCAUUCCCUGCAAACGCAGCGUCCACCGUUCGAUGCAAAGAAUCCCUUCCUGGCCCCGAUCAAGAUUAACCGCGAAUUGCACAAGGCCGGUGAUCGGUCCUGUAUGCACAUCGAAUUUGACAUUGAGGGUUCCAAAAUGCGCUACGAAGCCGGUGAUCAUUUGGCCAUGUAUCCGGUCAACAAUCAGGACUUGGUGCUGAGAUUGGGAAAGCUGUGCAAUGCCGAUUUGGAUACGAUUUUCUCGCUGAUCAAUACCGAUACAGAUAGUAGCAAGAAGCAUCCGUUCCCUUGCCCGACGACAUAUAGAACUGCGUUGACGCACUACGUGGAAAUCACUGCCUUGCCAAGAACUCACAUCCUCAAGGAGUUGGCGGAAUACUGCAGCGACGAGAAGGAUAAGGAAUUCCUGCGGUUCAUGUGUUCGACCAAUCCGGAAGGCAAGGCCAAGUACCAAGAAUGGAUUCAGGAUAGCUGUCGAAAUAUUGUCCACGUGCUGGAGGACCUUCCCUCAUGCCGCCCACCGGUCGAUCACAUUUGCGAGCUGUUGCCUCGCCUGCAGCCUCGCUAUUAUUCGAUUUCCUCGUCAUCCAAGCUGUAUCCCACCACGGUUCACGUUACGGCAGUGCUGGUUAAGUACGAAACGAAAACCGGACGCAUUAACAAUGGUGUCGCAACGACAUUCCUAUCGCAGAAGCACCCUCUAAAUGGCGAACCGCUGCCACGCGUACCGAUCUUCAUCCGCAAGAGCCAAUUCCGAUUGCCAGCAAAAACGGAAACCCCCGUCAUUAUGGUCGGCCCAGGAACGGGUCUGGCACCUUUCCGUGGCUUCAUCCAGGAGCGCGACAUCAACAAGAAAGAUGGCAAGGAUAUCGGGCAGACGAUCCUGUACUUUGGCUGCCGAAAGCGAGCUGAGGACUACAUCUAUGAAGAGGAGCUUGAGGACUACGCCCAACGCGGCACAAUCAAACUUCGGGCAGCAUUCUCCCGAGAUCAACCGCAGAAGGUAUAUGUCACCCAUCUGCUGGAGGAAGACAUGGACCUGCUUUGGAAUGUGAUAGGGGAAAAGAAGGGUCACUUCUACAUUUGCGGUGACGCCAAAAAUAUGGCCACCGAUGUGCGAAACAUUCUGCUCAAGGUGCUGCAGGGCAAGGGCAACAUGAGCGAGAGUGAAGCUGUACAGUACAUCAAAAAGAUGGAAGCCCAGAAGCGGUACUCGGCCGAUGUGUGGAGCUAAUCUUAUUCCAUUCUCCCUCCCCUCAUCCUUCUUACCCCUCGUUUUAAUCCUCAAAUUUUGCUCUCCCCUCUUGUAUUUUCCCUCUAAGAACUCAGGUUGAGAGGCUUCUUUCUUCUGCAUCGUUCCGGAUGUUUUCCGAGUUUUCCCGAUGUAGUUUAGUUAUUCAUUUUUUAACGAAUCAUUUGUGGGGUUCCUGUUUCUUUUCGUUACGUUUCUAAAUGUGCAAAGUUGAUCUUUUAAUACAAAUCUUUUUUUAAUCAAAUUCUCAGCCAAUACACUCACUCACUCACUCACUCACACACGCAAACAUGCAUUCACAUGCUAGAUUUGAGAGGGACAAAGUUUACAUUUUUUUUUGUUAACGUAAUUUUCAUCUACACUGAUAAAGAUUAAAAUUGUUCGUAGGUUAUAUAUUUCUCCAUUUUUUUUGUGAAUGUGCAGGAGUGGUCCUGUUUAAACAAUCAUGUUGAAUGUUUAGGUGAGACAGGCCAGCAGGCAAAUAUAUUCACAAAUUGUAGGAAAAGAUAAUACAAAACAACAAAAAUGGUGUUAGAGAGCAUGUGGAACAGUACUAAAAACUAAAUCAGAAUCGAUAGGAGCAACUAUAAGGAGCGCGCUAUAGAUAGGCAGUUUUGUUAGCUAAAAUAGCAUCUUAGGAUGUGAAUGAUGCAAUAUACAUUUUUGGAGACAUAUA